AUGUCGUAUCUUUUAAACCCAUUUGCUGGACAAGAAGUCAAUUCAGAAAGGUUAGACAUUGCCCAGGUCCAAUUUGAUGCAAUGAACCAUACUUUUAACAACAUUCUAUAUUCAUGUCUCGAAAAAUGUAUUCCACACGAAGGUUAUGGUGAAGGUGAACUGAAUAAAGGUGAAAUGAGCUGCAUCGAUAGAUGCGUUGCGAAGAUCCACUUUUCAAACCGACUGAUCGGUGCAUACGUACAGACUCAAGGUUUUGGGCCUGUGACGCAUUUACCACAUUAUGAAAAGAUCAAGAAAGACAUGGCAAAUGACGAGUAA